AUGAAUAGUGAAUAAAUUGUUAGCUAAUUGGAAAAUAAAAUAUAAGAACGUCUUUAAGGGGUUUAACAAUAAUUAGAUGUAAGUUAUUAUAAAUUAUGAUUAGUCCUCUUUCAACAGAAUUGAAGCUUUUCUUGAUUAAAUUCCUCCUCCUCCUUAUCCACCUGUUCCUUAGAAUAAUGUUAACUUUGUACUACCUGUUAUUUAAAUAUCUUAACCAUUAAUACUAACAUUAGCUAAUUAAGUGAUUCAGGAAAUCAAACCUCUAAUCAAUUUAACUAUUCAUAAUUAAAUUAAAUAAACUCAACCUUAACAAAUACAACAAUAGAAAAUAGAAUAACCUAUAAUAAUCAACAAUCCUCAAUAAUUCAAUUUAAUGCCAUUCACUUAUUUUUAUUAAAGGAUAAAUCAAUUAGAUAAAUUGAAUAUUGUAGAGCAAUAGCUAUUAAUAAAGAUAAUUCAAUUGUAUUAGUUGGAUGUAAUAAGAUAAUUAAAGUAUUUGAAUUCAAAUUAGAAAAAUUGAAAAAAACUCAACGUUUAAGCUAUCAUCCAAGUGAUGUUACAACUUUAAAUUUUAUUUAGAAAUAGAAUCAAUUUAUAUCUGGGAGUGGGAAUGGAUAGAUUAUAAUAUGGUCAAUGAAUGAAAAUAGUUAAUGGGCAUGCUAAUAAAAAUUAAAUAAUCAUUCUAAUUUUAUUAAUUAUUUAAUAAUAAACAAUAAUGAAGAUGUUAUGAUAUCUGGAAGUGAUGAUAAGACAAUUAAAUUUUGA